UCUUAUCUCUCUCCUUCGGUGUUGAUAUGGCUAUAUAAAGUAUUAUUUACAGAUCUUGUACCCUAGCAAAGUAAAGAUCAGGGUCCACCUUAAAUAUGUCUGCACACUGAAACAGGCUUGCUCUUCUUCCGCAAGGAGGAAGUUUGGCAUGAGUGAGGUUUUAGAGCUUCCAUAUCAGUUCUUACUGAAUAUACUUAAUAAUUAGGCCUAUUAUCUGAAGCAUGCAGCUCUGAACUGUACUAUUGAAGUGCCCGUAUGUGUGUGUGUGUGUGUGUGUGUGUGUGUGUACACCUCUUUGGCGUACCAUAUGCUGAGAAACCAAAUAUCAGGAGUGUGUCCCUUAUUCAUGCUUAGCCCCUCUUUUUGGGCCACAUUUAAAUCAAACAUUAAACCUUGUGUUAAGAUGUUCAGCAGCUGUUUGCAGACAAAAAACAAUGUUUUAUUCUCAUUUUGUUGACUUAGAACGUGGGGUUUAAACAUUUGUGCCACAACACGUCGCCUUCAGCCAUUCACAAAUGAUUAGCUUUGGAGGUUGCUUACAUGUCUCAUCGAAGAGGCUACGGCAGCAGAAGAAGACUGUACUUUACAAAGAAGAAGAUGGGGCUACACUGGGAUGACGCAACACUUAAAUGACAGUUGACAAAGCAAACUAUCUUGAUUUCUGCUGCUUGAGAAGGGGUGAAUUCAUGGAUCUAUCCUGCACUUGUUGUGGUCAUAACAUCAACAUAAGGACCAUUAGAAAAUAAUAACUUCGUAGCAUGCUGUUUAUGGCCAGGAUCAUUGUCGAGAGAGCAUCAGUGAUUUUAUGUAUGGAGUGCUUGAGUGUGUUUUUGCAUCUUGCAAAUCGUAGUUUUAUCAAUUUUAGUAAGCGUGUCGUAAUUCUCCGUUAGCAUGGAUGAUAGCUCAAAGAAAUGAACUCAAAAAUGUAAACAAAACUUUAAAUUUGUCAUAAUCCAACAUUACAUAUAGUGUCACUAAAUUGGUAUUUAUUGCCCAACUAUUUAAUUAUGUUGUUUAAAGGUGCAUUUAUUUAUGUGUUAAAAAUGUAUAUUGAUGGCACAGUUGUGGGUUUGGGAAUGUUUUGACUCUGUUUAUAAGUCUUAAGGCAUAAACAGAUAAAAAGUUAACUUCUAAUUGCAUGUUAGUGCUUAUUCCACAGGGUGGUGCUGUUUGCCAAAUAAUUGAAUCUGAAGCAGAACAGGUGUCCUAUUUUUGGUUGCACAUUACUUCUAAAAAGCUCGACAGAAGUUUUAAAUUGUGUGUUUAAAAAACAGUCGGAAAACCUUUUAUGACUGUGUUUUUACCUGAAAUAUGAGCUUUUUUUAUCGCUGUCCUGUGACAGACACGUCUGCAGUUUUUAUUUUUAUAUGUUUUACAUUUUUUUACAUAGAUGACAAAUUAUGUUUUUAUUACGUGAGCAUCAUCCAAAAAUGAGAACAUCCCGAAGUUCACAUCCCUUCAUCAGCAUCCAGCACCUCGCCCCCACCGUCGGUCCUCCCUCCCUCCUUACCCACUACCCCAAAGGGUCUCGCGAGCGCGCACGCGUGCGAAACUGCGUGGGAAUGGCUGGUUUGUGUGAUCGAGGGGGUUGGGCCGCUUGGAGCGAGCUGGAGGAGCUGCAUGAGUUUGUAAUGUCCGCCAUGUUGGCCAUGGCGUAUUGAACCGGGGAGGAACAGCGGAGCCUACGAAAAAAAGAGACCGACAGAGAGCGACCGAGACCCGGGCCUGCCCGGCUCUGUUCGCGCUGCUACGGACCUCAAUCGACCGGCUGACUCCUGGAGACCGUCACAGAUUCAUCCAUGAGAACUCGAGGCAGACCUGCUGUUAUUUCUAGCAGAUCGAAUAGAUUUAUGCUGCAUCUUUUAAUAUAAAAAAUAAAAUGAGUAAAUUGUCGUUUCGGGCUCGGGCGCUGGAUGCUAGUAAGCCUCUACCCGUCUUCCGCUGCGAGGAUUUGCCAGACCUGCACGAAUAUGCCUCGAUCAACCGGGCGGUGCCGCAGAUGCCGACUGGGAUGGAAAAAGAGGAGGAAUCGGAGCACCAUCUCCAGCGUGCCAUCUCAGCGCAGCAGGUAUACGGCGAGAAGCGAGACAACAUGGUCAUCCCCGUCCCCGAGGCAGAGCGCAACAUCACGCACUACGAGUCCCUCUACCCCGGGGAGUUCAAGAUGCCAAAGCAGCUUAUUCACAUACAGCCUUUCAGUUUGGACACAGAGCAGCCGGACUACGACCUAGAUUCCGAGGAUGAGACGUUUGUGAAUAAGCUGAAGAAGAAAAUGGAAAUCACAGCCCUGCAGUUUGAAGAAAUGAUCGACCGACUGGAGAAAGGCAGCGGACAGCAGCUCGUCAGUCUCCAGGAGGCCAAACUGCUGCUGAAGGACGACGACGAGCUGAUCAAGGAGGUGUUUGACUACUGGAGCCGCAAGAGGAAAACCAGUAAGGGUAGCUCCUUCAUCCCCAACGUCAAGCAGGAGAAGAGGGAUGGCUCUAGCACCAGCGACCCCUAUGUGGCCUUCCGCCGACGGACGGAGAAGAUGCAGACCAGGAAGAAUCGAAAGAACGACGAGGCAUCGUAUGAGAAGAUGCUGAAGCUGCGCAGGGACCUGAGCCGAGCUGUCACCAUCCUGGAGAUGAUCAAGAGGAGGGAAAAGAGCAAGAGGGAACUGCUGCACCUCACACUGGAGAUCGUGGAGAAGAGGAAUGGAAUGCCCGACUUCGGCAGCGAGGUGAUGGCAGAGGCACUUGCACAGCGGGCUUUGGUGAAGCCCGUCUACACCAUCCCCAUCAUCCCCCCGUCCAGCAGUAACCAGUACAGACACCAGGACCACUCGGAUAUGAAGGACUACAAGAAACCGGAGAAGACGGAGGCAGUACGAACCAAAAGGAAAUAUGAAAAGAAGCCCAAGAUCCCUCCUCUGUCGGCGCCUCAACAUUCAGGGCCCUCUGUGUUCAAUCCCAAGGACCUCAACCAGUACGACUUCCCCAGCUCAGACGAGGAACCUUUCUCACAGAUCCAUUCAGGUUCCUCCGAGGCAGAAGAGGAGAAUGACCCAGAUGGCUUCUAUGCGUUCAGGAGGAAGGCCGGCUGUCAGUACUACGCUUCUCGUCCGGACCAGAGUGGCAACUGGCCCUGGGUCAGCCCGUCGAAGGGUGGGCUCGGAGACCCGCGCUUCCGCUACUGUCUGACCUCGCUGAACAUGCCGCGGCGCUGCAUAGGUCUGGCACGGCGACGCAUGGGCAGAGGGGGCAGGAUCUUGUUGGACCGAGCGCACACAGAUCUAGACAGCAUCAAGCUGGACUCGGACCCGGAGCCCGAACCGCUCGCCUCGCCAAUUCCAAGGUCUCCGCUCCGCAACGCCAGUACCUCAGAAACCAAUACCUCGGCCCCAACCAGCUCCCCCCGCCUCCCCUCCUCUUCAUCACCCUUGUCGUCGUCGUCAUCGCCAACACCUAUGGACCUCAGCCAGAUUCUUUUGAACAUUAAAUGUUGCCGCUGGAGGCACUUCAGACCACGGACGCUAUCCCAUCACCCCUUGGGUGGAGGAGACUUGUCUCGCAGAGGAUUUAGGGAUUUUAGCCGGACUGUGUCAGGACUAACCCGUACCCUGUCUGGAGGAGCCAGCUCCCAGAACCGCACCGGCCCGGCCGCCACGCCUGUCCACGUGUUCACGGCAGAGCAGUACCAGCAGCACCGGGAGCAGCUGGCGGUCAUGCAGAAACAGCAGCAGGAGCAGACCCAACAGCAGCUACAAGCCAACAACCCUGCAGCAACUACCAACACACAGGCACUCGCGUCCAAGACGUUGGAUCAGGCCAGCGCCCAGUUCGCUGCGUCGGCCCUCGUCACCACUGACCAGCUGCUGGCCUUCAAGUCCAAAGAGGAGCUGGUGCUGGCAGGUGGAGUCAACGGGGUCCUGACGGGUGCAGGUGUUUUCAAAGGCUUGCAUCUCUCCAGCAGCACCGCGGCCCUCCACCAGACCAACCAGUCGACGCACACCACCUCCACGGCUCCCGCUUUCCUCCAGCCCUCCUCCAACUCGGCCACCCCUUCACCCGCCAACGCCGUCCCCACCUCCCUCACCUCCACCCCCAGCGCCCACGCAGCAGCAGCGCUGGGGAUCCUGGGAUGCAGCGCCGCCACCGCCACCACUCAGGUCCUCAUCGGGAACAACAUCUGUCUGAGCGUGCCGUCGGCCGCCAGCCUGGCCGGACGCCACAUUCCCCGGACCCUCGGCAACGUGCCACCUUCUGCCUUAAAGCUGUCGGCCACCACCAACCUGCAGAUGCCCAAAGUCUCUGGAGCAUCGUCCAUGGACAUGGGCUCACGGGAUAAUCACGACGAAGACAAGCCAGCACUGAACAGUAUAGUGGACAACACAGUGGCCAUGGAGGUGACGUAGUAGCGGAGCGAUGCAGAGUCCCCUCUCGGUGCUGUGCAUCGGAGCAUCGGGAAUGCAAAAGGGACAGCAGGACUCUGACGGACGAUUCUCAUCUCCCAUACUUUUUAAAAGCUUUUUUUUUUUUUUUUUUGUUAAAAGUAAAAGAUUGACAUCUGUAAAUUAUGAAUAUGGCAAAAUUAGUAUCUGUACAGUAUCUACAUAUUUGUAAUAUCCCCCUUGUAUAUAUAUUACUUGAAUACAGAACUGUCCAUUUGUGAUGUUUUGCACUUGGGAGUCCAACUUUUAAAGGAGGCAAAUAAAAAAAAAAAAAAAAGUAAAGCCAAGUGACUUGUGGCGCGUGUGAGAGAUGUGAGUUGUAUAGAGAAGAGUUUUAUCACAUGUGCAUGGUGCGGAGCCUGCUGUUUUUAUCUAUUUAUUGUGCUGUGUUUACAGUUCCUUUUGUUUCUGCUUUGUUUUUGUUUUUUUAUUUGUACACUGUACCUUUGUUGGUUCCUGUGCUGUAGUAAAUGUUAGGUAGCUACGGACUCCUGGGUAUUUUUGUAUAGUGUGAACACAAAGCAGGUCCCCCACACACUCACACACACGUUUAUUUUGGGUCCCUGUGCUUCUCUCUGUGGAUCAUGUGAAAAUCGAUGGUGACACACAUACAGACCAGGGGGGGGGGCCAGGAGGAGGAAGAGGAGGCGGUGUUCCCCUCUUCCUGGGAGCUUCCAUUAACAUUGUCCCAAACACAAGUAACAACACGGGGGUGAAGUCUCUUCCCAGAAGCCUCUGCUGCUUCUGAUUAAAGCACUAUUUUUUUGUGAUGAUUUUUAUUUUUAUUUUUUUUUUGGUCAUGAUUUUGAUAAAUAUUAAUGCUGCUUUUGUAUCGUUUGUUUUUAAAGGGGUUGUUCAUUUUUUUUUUUUUCAUGCAAGCGGAGUCCCCUAAAUAUCCGUUUUAUCCCACGAACAUUUUUGUAAAACAAAAAUUCAGUUAUUUUUGUAUUUUUCUUUUCUUGUGGUAAACUUGAUUGUAAGCUUUUCGUUAAUUGAAAGACUUCAUUAUGUUGUUCGUUCGUUACUUGUUCAUGCAUAGGUGACGAGGGAGGUGAAUGGGCAGUAAUCGCUGUACGUGUUUCAUCAUUCCAGUUUUUAUUAACAAAAAAAUGCUAAUGAGGGGGCGGAGGGGUGGCGGUAAAAAAAAAAAACAGAACGUCAGUUAUCUCCCCUCUCUUCCCCCUUUUUCUUUACUUUCUUUUUUUCUUUGAAAAAAAAAUAAUCUCCAGACGGCUGCAAGGCCAAAAAACCACAAGUAUUGGGUGCCUUCCUUUGGGGAAUUCUAUGUACUCUCUUCUGUGAAGAGUUAGGCACAAAGGCAGCAUUACUUAGUAGUGCUUCUCGUCUUUGUCACAAUCUGAAUGCCCAGUCCAAUGGCAGGAUAUAUCCUUGAGGUUUACUUGUCCCACCUGGAGGCUGAAAAGACUAAAAAACAAAAAAAUGUGACGGAACUCUCACUAAAAUAAGACAAUAAAGCCCAGGGCAUUAAAUGUGAA